AUGUACUUUAUAUUCAUCAAACCACCAGGCACUGAAAGACGAUGGUGUGGUUCUGGUGCUGAUCCACCUGGAUUUUUCUUUCGUGGUCAACUGUCUACAAAUCCUUUUGGUAACUCAAUGAUGGCAAGGUUGUUUGGAGUCACACUGGAUACCAAUAUCAAUGCAUUCAUUACAUAUGACAUUUCUGAUGAAAUCGCAGCACUUCCUAAACGUGACAUUAUAGAUCUUAUCGUAGACAUACUUCCCAGUAUAGAUGAGAUGGUGUUACUGAUCAAUACCUUUAUUGACAACGUUUCUGAAUUUACCCAAUCAGCACUCAGAGAAAUUACAUUAGAACUAAUUGGUUUCAAAGAAGACCUAGAAACUAUUGUCAUUGGAAGAGAAUUAUUCAGUGAUUUACCAGAUAUCUUAUCGCCUGUAAGGUCACGUGCCCAGAAAAUAAUGUACAUAUGCACCGAUCUACAACAACAACUUGCUGAUGAAUCCACAAGAUUAUCUACUGGUAGUGUCGACUCGCUUCUCAACUAUGCACAUCAGUUACAGAGUAAUAUUGAACGAUGUGCACUGCUAUAUGUGGAAAACGUAUUGAAAAUAAGGAAAGAUUACACAGGAGUGGGUCUGAUGUUUCAAGCAAAACUCAAUAUUGUUGCAUUGGGUUUUGGGUCAGUUCAGAUUGAAAUUGUAAAGUCAAACAUGUUAGGUGAAUGCAGUAGAUUCAGUGAUCUGUAUGGUUUGUUUAAAGAUGAUAAGGCCACAAAAGGUUUAAUUCAAUUGGCUCGCAGCAUAAAAUACAAAAUACUGACAAUAGGCCAUAAGUAUUUAGGCGGCGUGUUUGCCUUAGCACCAGACACAGACGAGUUCUUGUUUCGAUUCUUUGGUGGCGUUAAUAUUCUUGGUGUAAAUGCAGAAGCGAAUGUUUUUGUCACCAACGAGGUAAUUCAUUUUGAAAUUGAUGGAUAUAUUUGGGAUGUGUGUUAUGCUACAAUAUUUGCGCAGGCUUCAGUUUUUGUUCCUUGGUCUGAUCAAAGGUGGACGGUACGAGGGGAGUUUGGUUUUGGGACCCAGUCUUUACCAAUGAGAAUGACAGAUGCACUGAUAAAUGCAGCCAAUGCAUUUGGGGAAAAGGCAACUUUGCGAUUGACACAAGCCCAAGAUUUGGUUACAGAUGCCCAGGAUGGUGUCAGUAGAGCUCAACAAUGGUUACAAGACAAAAAAGAAGAUGUUGAUAAGGCAAACAACAAAUUUGACGAAGCUGUAAAUGCGUUAGACAAUGCAGUAGCAGAGAUUGACAGUCUCCAAGAUGAUGUGCAAUCUGCAAAAGACUGGUUAAGGGAAAAACGUCUUGACAUUGAUAACCUCUGUCAAAUGCGAAAUUGUCACAAAAUAUGCAUUCCCUUCAUAAAAUGCCAUUGGCGACGUACUCGGUUUUUAAGGAUUCCAUCUCCUUCAUAUUAUCUAUCAGGCUGUGGAAUUAAAAUAACGGAUCCAUUAUGCAUUGCUGCAAAUAUUAUAUGUGCAGCUAUACGAGCAGUUGCAUAUGUAGCUUUGGGGAUUGCUGAAAAAGCAGUAGGAGUUGCAAUGAUAGCUUUAGAUGCUGCCAAUGAUGCUCCGUUUAAGUGUUUACCAUGCCCACCUGGAAGUUAUCAGCCUGGCAUUGGAAGUGCGACUUGUCUGCCUUGUCCUGAUGGUUAUACAACUUACAAAGAUAGUGCAUUGAGAAUUGAUGAAUGUAAUGUGUCAUUAGUAAGUGACAAGACAACACCGUCUCAGACCACAGUUGUCGCUAUUGAACUAAACGAUCCUGGUAGUUCUGGUGACAUUCUAAGUGUGCUAGAUAUAACAGCAGUUAGUUGUUCUGUCAUUAUUUUAUUAGUUAUCGGCAUUGUCAUAUACUUUGUCGUGAAUAGAAGAAAUAAACGCGGAGUAUAUAGGCCAAUAGAGAGAAGAGAUCUUUCACUCGAAAUGGACGAAACGAACAAUGACCCCACAUCUCAGAAUAAUUUAUAUGACAGUAGCUUCGGCAUCGAUGAGUUGGUCACUGAAAUGUGAAUUCGCCAUCUUUAAAUCAACUGAAAAUACUCAAAAAACAAUUUUGUAUUUUAACAAUAACAAUAUUUUGGUCAACUGGAGUUAAUCACGAUACAUUUUUAGUAUUAAACACUAUUCAUAAAUAGCGGUUGUCGUCGCGAUCACCUGCGAUAUUUCUGUUGAUGAACGGCAAUUUCCCUAGAACCCUUUAUACCCUACCGGUGAGUGCGAGAUUCGAUCUGCUUACAAUGUGC